AUGUCUUCAGACUCUGAAUCAAGCUCAUCGUCGGGCUCGGACUCUGACUCUCCAGCCCCACUUAUACAGAAGCCCAUCUUCAUCUCAUCCAGGAAAAAAGGUAAACAGAAUCACGCUGCGACUGAAAGCAAGAGCCAUGACAUCGCCAUCCAAAAGCUCGAUCACCAGCUACAAAUGCGGGCCAGCGAGGUGGAAAUUGAUUUCGACGGCACUAUUGAUACGGAUAACUUGGAUGUGGAAGGUGAAUUCAGAGAUUGGCAAGCCAGAGAAAGGGAAAGAAAGAAGAGCGAGAGAGCUGCCCUAGAGAAGAUGGAGCAGGAGAAGAACGAUAAAAUACGACGCACCCAUCUCCCAGGCAGCGAAGUCAAAACGGAAAAUUCUGAAACCAGCAUCCAGAGCAAGUUGGGAGUCUUUCAUUCUAAUACAGAGGGCAUGGAGAAGUUCCUAAAGAGAGAGUACGCCGACGUGGAAGAUCUGGGGGAUCAUUCAAGACCGACAAGGUUUAAAAAGUAA